AAUCUAUUCAAAUUUCAUUCUCCGCUCAAAAACACAGUCUCUUCUUCGCUCUCAUUUCGUCCAGAUUUCGACUUGUUCUACUGCUUUCAAAUCCUUCCACAUCUCCCACCGUUCAUCAGAGAAAUCAACGGCUCUAAUUGAAUCUGAGCCUCUCUACAUGCGCCACGCGAGGAAUCUGUAGAAACCUCCUGGUUUGAGUUUAGGCUUUGUUUUUUCUCGACUUCAGAUUAUGGCUUCCCGGAACCAGAACAGACCUCCUCGAAGUCCUUCCACUAAAGAUGGCGGUGGCGGUAUCCCAUUGGACAAGCGUAGGAGGAUUGGGGCAGGAAGAAUUGGGGGACCUAACAGCACUGACCGCCGGCCAUUUGGGUCAGUUAACAAAAGACAGGAUGUUACAGCACCUGGUGAUAUAGGCAGUACUGAGGGGUCGGAGUGUGAGAAUAUCGAUUUCACAAAAGAAGAAAUCGAGGCGUUGGUAAUUGAGAGACCCAAAAUGAAGAAGUUUGAUCACAAGGGUAAUAUGGAAUUAGUGAGUGAACUUAAUAACAGACUCAAGCUUUGCAUUAAAUGGUUCCAGAAAAGAGAUGAAAGUCAUGUUGAUGAGCAGGGAAAGCUAAGAAAUGCUUUGGAAUCUUCCGAGAAAAAAUGUGCAGAUAUGGAUAUGGAGAUGAAAAGCAGAGAGGAGAAGUAUAAUGAAGAUAUAUCAGAAUUGAGAAAAGAGAACAUUUCUUUACAAGAGAAACUCACAAAGGAAGAAUCGGAAAAAUUGGAUGCAAUUGACUGUCAUAAACGAGAAAAAGAAGCUCGAAUUGCUGUGGAAACUUUGCACGCUUCACUUUCAAAAGAGUUUGAAAAGGCUCAACAAGACAUAUUGGCAGCCAAUCAGAGGGCUAAUUCACUUGAUGAUAUGUACAAGCGAUUGCAAGAAUACAACCUAAGUCUACAACAGUAUAAUAGCAAAUUGCAUGCUGAACUUGAAACAGCCCGUGAAUCUCUCAAACGAGUGGAAAAAGAGAAGCUUACUAUAGUGGAGAACCUUAGCACUUUAAGGGGUCACUAUAAUUCACUGCAAGAACAAUUAAGUUUAUCCAGAGCUUCUCAAGAUGAGGCUAUAAGUCAGAAAGAAUCACUAGUUAAUGAAGUUAAAUGCCUUAGGGUUGAAUUGCAGCAAGUGAGAGAUGAUCGUGAUCGCCAAACAGGACAGGUUCAAGCUUUAACUGCUGAGGCAUUGAAGUACAAAGAAAGUGCAGGAAAGUCUUUUUCCGAGAUAGACAAUCUGAUGGCAAAAUCAAAAUCACUAGAGGAUACUUGUUCUGCUCAAAGGGAACGUAUACAUUUAUUAGAGCAUCAGUUAACUGCUGCUAACGAGAAGUUAAAGAUGGCUGAUUUAUCUGUAUCAGAAACAAAGACAGAAUUCGAAGAACAACGAAGAACAGCACGAGAGCUACAAGAGCGCCUUGCGGAAGCUGAACAUCAAUUAAUUGAAGGGGAAACAUUAAGGAAAAAGUUACACAACACUAUCCUGGAAUUGAAGGGCAAUAUUCGUGUAUUCUGUAGAGUGAGACCCUUGUUACCAGACGAUAGUGUUGGAACUGAAGCGCCAGUUAUUGCUUAUCCUACAUCAGCAGAAACCCUUGGUCGGGGAAUUGACUUGAUGCAAAGUGGGCAGAAAUAUCCUUUCACAUUUGACAAGGUGUUUAGUCAUGAUGCCUCCCAACAAGAUGUUUUUGUGGAAAUAUCUCAAUUGAUACAAAGUGCUCUUGAUGGUUAUAAAGUGUGCAUUUUCGCAUAUGGCCAAACUGGUUCUGGAAAAACAUAUACAAUGAUGGGUAAGACAGAGGUGCAAGAGCAAAAAGGGCUAAUACCUCGGUCUUUGGAACAAAUAUUUCAAACUAGCCAGUCCCUUUCAGCUCAGGGGUGGAAGUAUACAAUGAAGGCUUCAAUGUUGGAGAUAUACAAUGAAAACAUUCGUGAUUUAUUGUCAACAAAUAGAUCAAGCACUACAGAAAAUACUGGCAAGCAGUAUACUAUAAAACAUGAUGCAAAUGGCAAUACAAUCGUGGAUGGCCUCACCAUUAUUGAUGUUUGUAGCAUCCAAGAGAUUUCCUCUCUUCUAAGGCAAGCUGCACAAAGCAGGUCUGUUGGUAGGACACAAAUGAAUGACCAGUCAUCCAGAAGUCAUUUUGUGUUCACAUUACGGAUAUCUGGGGAGAAUGAGAACACUGAACAACAAGUCCAAGGUGUGCUAAACCUCAUUGACCUCGCUGGGAGUGAGCGACUCUCAAGGAGUGGAGCAACUGGGGAGAGGCUGAAAGAAACUCAGGCCAUCAAUAAAAGCUUGUCAUCUUUAAGUGACGUAAUAUUUGCCCUGGCAAAGAAGGAAGAUCAUGUUCCUUUCAGGAACUCAAAAUUAACAUAUCUUCUCCAGCCAUGCCUAGGUGGGGAUUCAAAAACGUUGAUGUUUGUUAAUCUUUCACCGGAACCUUCUUCAGUAGGUGAAUCGCUGUGCUCUCUUCGAUUUGCUGCUAGAGUUAAUGCCUGUGAAAUUGGAAUUCCUAGACGUCAGACAGCAUUACGAUUGAGCUGAUUCUGAUUUACUUUGUUGUGCAUCUUGACACAAAUAAUCUGUUUUCACAGUAAUUGUUAUCUAUAAAGAGGGUCAUGGUUAUGCCUCAGGUUUGUGUAAUGAAGUUCAGCGAGUUGCUGGUUGUUUGUAGAGUUGCUAUCUGAGCUACUAAUUUGUAUUCCUGGAAUCAAGUUUAGAUUUAGGAUCUUGUUUUUAGUUCCUUAACAGAGGAAAGCUCAACUUGUUGGCUUAGCAACAUGACCCUUUGAAUGUUAAAAUGUUCAUUAAUUAGUGAACAGAGGUAACAACAUAGAGCUUUGUUGUUCUAUUAAUUUGACUUCACAAACUGGUGUAUUUUUACAGUGUUAUAAUUAUAUAAUAUGAGAUUUGUUGUUUGUAACAUUAAAAAA